AUGUCAAAUCUUGCAUACUUGCAUCUCCAAAAUGAUGGAUUUAUUGGAGUCUUCCCUGAUGCUAUGUUUAACCUUCCUGUUCUGAAGGUCAUGGACAUUAGUGGGAAUUAUUUGUCAGGAAAUAUUCCAGAUUAUUUUCCUCGAUUUCCACAUCUGGCCAUACUUCUCUUGGCAAGAAACCGAUUUCAUGGGAUAAUUCCAGUGUCUUUGUGCAAGGUGCAAAAGCUUCAAAUUUUGGACAUGUCUGCAAAUUUACUCUCGGGGGUUUUACCUUCUUGUCUUGGUAACAUAACCACGUGGAUAAAGGAAUCUGGAGUUAUACUCCAUUCCUUUAUGUGGUUAUCACCCUCAUAUACUAACUACAGGGUCAAAGUUCCUCUAACAACCAAGGGCAAUGCACUCUCUUAUGAAGGCAUUCCUCUUUCUCAAAUGACUACACUUGAUUUAUCUAUGAACCGUUUAACCGGUGAAAUUCCAUCACAACUGGGAGAACUUGCAGCCCUUCAUUCAUUAAACCUCUCUCACAACAUCCUAUCUGGCCAUAUUCCAGAAUCUUUCAUGAACUUAAAGAAACUGGAGAGUUUAGAUCUUUCUUACAACCAGCUAGGGGGAAAAAUCCCUCGUCGGUUGGCUCAACUUGAUUCCCUGUCAACUCUAAAUUUGGCUUUCAAUCUUCUAACAGGAAGAAUCCCGUUCGAAAACAAAUUUGUCACUUUUGCAGCAUCUAGUUAUAGAGGUAACAAGGAACUCUGUGGACUUCCAUUGGAAAAAGAUUGUGUGGUCCCAAGGCCGCCUCAGCAGCAUGAAGAAGAAGAAGAAGAGGAGAAGGAAAGAAUUGGUGAAAGUGACUUCUUUUUCUUCUCAUGCAUUGCUGUUGCUUAUGUUGUGGGAUUUUGGAGUGUCAUUGCUCCUCUUCUUCUUAGUAGGAACUAG